UCUCUGGACUGGGGAUUACGGCCAAACAAAAAAAAAACAAACCAGCGAGCGCUGAGAACAGUAACAGAAGAACGGCUGGCUACACUGGUGUUGUUCGACUUCCAGGAGACGAGGAAGAACCGGCUGGGCUGCGCAACUUGUGGUCUUGUUCAACUUCUUCAAUCUUCAAGGAGAUAAAUGGAUAGACUCAGAGAAGAAAAAAUACAAAAGUUUGAGGAAUUUGUUGAUCGCCGCUUAAAACCUGACCUUGUUCGUGCCAUUGCUGAAAGGGACAAGGUUUUUGAACAACAGAAAGUCUUCUCAGAUUUGAGGAAAAAUCUGGAAAAUUUAGAGAAGAAUAGUAUAACAAGUCUCAGGUCAAUGGUCAAUCUUGGUUCUGAAGUAUACGCACAAGCCGAAGUGCCCGAUACACGUCACAUAUUUGUAGAUGUUGGGCUUGGAUUUCAUGUAGAGCUCACAUGGUCUGAGGCUUUAAAAAUUAUCCCUGCUCGGGAAGAAAGGCUGGCUAGGCAAAUUGAGGAAUACACGCGUCUCAUUGCACAAAUCAAAGCCCAAAUCAAGAUGGUUUCACAAGGGAUACGAGAGUUGCUACAACUACCGGAGGAAUGAAAACGUAUUUAUGGUGUUACCAAGCAUCGUUCUUUGAUCGAACGGAAGCAAUUUACGCACACGCGUGCAAGUGGUUGAUUUGACGUUAUUAGGUUUAUAACUUGAAUUCAAUCUGAUUGCUGAGUGGGUCAUGUUGAUAUAGGCUGAAUCUUGGUUCUUGAAAAUGGCUUUUGAGUAACUUGAAUCUCAUCAUUAGAUUCAUGUUCAAUGAUAAUAUAAUUAAUUAGUUAAUUAUGUUUGAUUA